CACCUGUGCCCGCAAAAUAAAUGGUUCAUUGUUGAUAAUCCAUAUUAAUAUAUCAUCCACCAGGGGGCGCAUGAUUAGCUCAAUUCUAUAUACUACAGUAUGAGUAAAAUGGCGUGCAUGUUGUGAAGUUAUAACGUCGUGCAGGCAAUGGAGUGUCCUGCGAGAUGAAUAGCACCACGUGCAUAACUUUUCUCUCGAGAAUUGCCUAAAAUCGUCCGAAAGAAAGCGUCACUCUCCCGAAAAAGCCAGAAACAAUGUACCAUGAGCUACAGCGGAAAUAUGCCAGACUGGCAUCAGUAUAAUCCACCUCAACCGGGACGUACAACAGCGUCCCAGCCUCCGAAUGCCACUUCAUCACACCACUUCAUCUCCAGUAUUAGCCCCCCAGCGCUAGAAGGAAUAAACAUUUCACCAUCUCAACAACCGUCUCUAAAACAUCAACGAAAUGAAGUCAACUAUCCCCGCAAUUACUCCACCUCGGCUCUCCCAGGUCCUUGUCCAACUAGCACAACCCUACCUCCUCCAGGAGGCCACAUUCCUCCUCUCCCAAACUGCCCGGGGCACUAUGGGACCUCCUCCCGACCUUCAAUGAUAGAUCCUCCCUCCUUGCACCCUCCUCUCACCAUUCCUGAACCCGAGCUGCCUCACCGAACUCCCCAGAUGCCCUUUUCCGGCCCCUCGACCCAUCCCAACGCCAACCUAACAGUAAAUCCAAACCUCCACACAGGGGGUCUCACAGCUCAGACCUCUCCAGUAGCUCCUCUAUCACCAGGAAGACAAGCGUACGUCUGCAAGCUUCCUUGUUGCAACCCCGAUACCCAAAUGGCCUAUCAACAUUGGGAAAAGUACAAUCAUUACCAAAGCAACUCGACCUAUCGAGAAAAUCUCCCACGAUCAACUUAUCCAAUGGAAAAUCGAAGGUACGUCGCUGAGAUGAAUCUGCGAAAAGACUGUCCGGAGAACAAAGAGCAUCCAGGUACUUCUUUCCCAGGAAUUUCAUUGGAUCAUCGACGAUCCUACGACUACAAAUAUCGUAAGGAAAUAUCGAGAAAUUAUUCUUCUUCUGGAAUACAUCCGACUUAUCAAAUGCAAAACUAUAAUUUCCCGAGUGAUUGCCAAAAAUGUCCUCACUCAGUGAAAGAUUACAUGAGACGUAGUGGAACAUCUGCAUCGAUAAACCAGCAAAAUCAGCAGAUGAUGAAAUAUCCAGAGCAACAAAUGCCCCAGAAGUACAAUUCUAAAUUGAAUUAUCAGGGUGGAAGUCAUCAGCCUGGAAUGCCAACAACCAGCACAGCGAAUCAUCCAUCUUCCCUUCAAAAUUCUUACUUCAAUCCGCCGAUAUCGAGGGACGUAUCCAGAGAGUUUCCUCGUGAAUAUCAAGAAACGAACGCAAGUAACAGGAUACCACCGGGCAAUCCCUCGAUGAUGCAUGGCAGUUACCAAAAAUUCCAGCUCUAUCAACAAAAGAUGGCGAUGCAACGAUUCUCUCUGGAAAAUCACCUUCGAGGAAUGUCGAGAGUUCAUGGAUAUCAGUCUCAUCCAAAGUACCAGGAAUGGCUCAUGAAAUAUCGAGAGAUAAUGAGGCUGCAACAAAAUAUAGAUUGUCAAAAUUUCCACCAGGAGCCGAAGAUCCCACCGACAAGUCCAAACGCUCCAGUCCCACCCAUUAACUUACAAUUUGAUCAAAACGGUUGUCUCAUUAAUUCCUCAUUUGCUCACAGUCAUUACUCAGGAAUGCAUAAUUCAGGGAAUCCAACGGCGAGUACAGAGAGCUCAGAGCCAUCACCACAAGCUUCUGGUAACGUGAUAAAUCCCCUGGAGCAGAAUCUAUAUAAACACCCAGAUCAGUCGAUGAACUUGCCACGAGACGACGCUCUCCAUCAUCUUCGUAACAAUGUUACUGACCACUAUCAAAUGCCAGAGAAUCCCAAUGAUAACUACGAGAACAUGAUCGUUGAUGUAGAUGGAAUAGAUCCAACGAGAGCGAUGACAGCAGCUACUGCUACUACAUCAACGACAAUGGCAGCAGCAGCAGCUGAUCUAGCAAAUUCCAGAGAAUUCACUGACAAACCGCAGUUGGACGUCCGGCAGUUUCUCGCUAAUUGGGACGAGACGGAGGAGGAAGAGGGGGGAAAUGUCAGCAUACAGGAAGUAUCAAGUAACUCAAAUUCAGUUAUCGUCAGAAAUAUGAGGGAAUUGAAUGCACAGAGUCAUAGCGGCAACGUACCUAGUCCCCAGCAGAGCCAGGUACCGAAUCAAAAUUCGAAUCAGAGUCACAAUCAGACACACAACACCAAUACGACUGUAAAUUGUAAUGAAAUUCAGAAUCAUAAUCAGAAUGACCAUCAAACAAUGUUGGAAACGUCACCAGUUGCCCCAAAUUCCACUACAAAUCUCGAAACAGCUGUGAUUGAAGCAAAUGACGUAGAGGCGAUAGCAUCAAAUGGAUUGAAAACCAUCGAUGAUUUCACAAGCUCUGGAGCAAUAGUGCAAUGCAUUCAAACUGACAGCAGUGAUAUUCCAACGAUUCACAUUGUCGAUCAUUUACCCCAAGACUCGGAGCUUGCAACAAUUCAAACGGUCUACGGGGACGUGACAUCUCUGAGUAUCGAGCAGAUAGCAUCAGCACCGGCGGAGAUUAUUAACGGCCAUCAGGAGGCUGGGGAGACGAUUACUUUGUUUGGUCAAGACACCGGGGUAUGUUCAAAGGAACCAGAGUGUUGCAACGAAGAGCCCGAGGAAGCUUCAGCAGCCAUUGAACAGGUGGGCUCCAUGGAGUCUUCGCCAUCUUCGACGAGUCCUGUAAACUUGCCAACUAAUAAUGUCAACAAUAACUGUGGAAAUAGUCCUAUGGAUACCCAACAAGAUCCUCCACGACCUGAAGACACUAAUGAAGUUCCUCGGAAGAGUCAGGCGAAUGAAGCAACUCCUUUGACAACAUCUUUAACAAAUUCUUUAGCAACUUCGUUGAAGAAACAACACAGUUUCGCGAGUGAAGAGUCACACAAUCCGGAUGACAUCAGUCUCCCGGACCUUCCAAUGUCUGAGUGCACUCCAAUGUCGACUACAUUGAAUACCCCGGUACAUUCAGACAGCGAGGAGUCCUCUGGGCACGUGGACAAUCUCUCAAUAUCUACCAAUCCCAUUGAGAUAAUUCAAAAUUCACCAAUAAUCAGCUUCACCCAUUCUCCCUUGAAAAUCGAUCCCUACAGCAACCUUGAGACUAACAGAUUAUCAGAAAAACGUCCCCACGAUUCUCUGGACUUUGAUUUUGGUGGUAAUACGAAUAACAAAUCAGCGGAAAUUGAGAGCUUUGAGAUCGCCAGAAGAUCAUCAUCAGAAUCUCGUCCAUCAUCUUCGAAGAGUCCAGAGAAUGAUAAUCAACUUCCCUCGAUGCCUUCAGUGCCUUUGAUGGACGACCCUGAGAAAUCUGAUAAAGAUCAAGAAUUUUAUCCAUCAUCUGAUCCUAUGAUGGGCAUGAAUAAGACAAAAAAGAAUUCAAACGUGAUAACAGACUCAUCUAACGACAUUACCCAAGUUGGUGAUUGUUCAGUGGCUUCAUUAAAUAACAAUGCUGUGCCAGGUACUCCAGUCAGUCGUAUUUUAUCAACUGAUGAGAUCGACACUGGCAAAUGUCCAUCAAUUAUUGAUACCGAGGACUUUCAGCCUACGGAUGACCUCGACAAACUGUGCAAUAUAUCAUUGGAUAGCUCUUGCAUGAUGCCACUAAUGCCUGAGGAUUCACAGGGACCUAGACUGUCAGCUGUUGCGAUCGAUGGCCUGAAAAAUGUUCUACCAAUUGCUAAUUUGGAUGAACUUGACUCGUCUGACGACGAGGAUAAGGAUAAUAAUGAUUGGGUGGAGGUUGGGUCAAUGGACGGAUGUGCAGAGCGUAAUGGUGCUAAUGAUAUGAUAAUCAUGCCAAAUGAAAAUCCAAGUAUUGAAGUUACGUUGCGAGAGACUGAGAAAGAGAGUGAGAAUAAACAAGGUAAGAAUAAAGGUGAAAGAGCUAAAUAUAUUCGUUCGAUAUUUGACACCUCCGAGGAUUCGCAGAGCGCUGGAUUUGACGGUUUCAUGAGGAGACGAGAGGAGAGGAACACCAAAGAUCGUUUGAAUUCAUUAACUGAGUACAGAAAAAGUAAAGUAAAUGCUUUGGAGAAUGUAAAUAAUUCGAAAAAUCAAAUGAGCAACGAAAUUUUGUUCACCGACCCACAGGUCGAUAAUUCGCGUAUUGACUCACUGAUUAUCAGACGGAGCUCCUUCGAAGAAUCACCAAGAGAAACGCGAAAACAACCAGCCACCGAUAAAGACCAAAUAGCACGAAAAAAUGAACCUCUGAACCGCGAUGUUUGCAAAAUAACGCAGAGUUUUCGAAGAACCCAUAAAGAUACGGAUGUUGAAAUUCAUGUGGCGAACAUAAACGUUGAAAAACUAUGCAGUUCCUCUACUAGUGAACAGGUAGAUGGCAUUGAAAUAAAGAUAAAUGUAUCGAGGCACGAUAAGAAACGCCGAUUAAAAAAUUUUGAAAAAUCGGAAGAGAGAACGAAUGAAAUAAAAAAAGGUUACUCUACGAAAUUUGAAAAUGGAAAUUAUCGACCUCAAAGGAUAUUUCCUCGCCGAAGAAUAUCGAAUCCUGAAGCAAUAGUAUCAAAAAUAUCAAGCAAACAUGUUCGGAGAAGGCACAGUGGAGGUCAUUAUCGAUCUUACCGCAAAUCAACUGAGGAGAGGAAUCGAUUGGAGUGCCUUCCAAAGCUUCAGCCUCUUCCAAAAUCAUUGAACAAAUCGGAAACGAGUGAGGUGAGCUUCUCGGAGGGUCCAAUAUCCUCCUAUGAUGACUCUCAGACCUCCACAGGGAUAUCUGUCCCCACAGAAGCUGCAAACACAUGCGACAGUCAGUGCACGGAGGCAGAGAGUCCAUUUGAAAAUGUAGAAAUCUCAAAAACGAGAAAUCCAAGUCGAAGAGCUUCGUUGGACUAUGAGAGCUUUGCCCCAGAGUUCGAUGAACUGGAAAACAUGGCAUCACGGUCAUCCCAGUCCAGACUGCCUGACACAUCUCUCCUGGCCCCUCUCACCACUCCAGGGCCAUCAACCACAUCGCAAACCGACGAUCUUUGGUCUAAAAUGAAUUUCUCGAUGGACACGUCAGCCAUGGACUUUGAUAAUUUCGACGUUGCUCCUAAUGAUACGGUCAAUAACUUCCCUAUCGAGGACAGAACUUCCUCGACUUUGACAGAAGAUCGUGCAUUGAGUAGAAGAUUAGAAGAAUGUGAAAAAUUCCGGAAUCCUUAUUCGAUAUCACCAGCUAACCAGUCUCCAGAGAUAAACCUCAAUGAAGUUCCCGUUUACACAACCAAAGAUGGUAAAAUAAAGUACAGCCCUAAUCCCAAGUAUACAUACAGAGUUCUGAUAAUGGAGGCGAGACAACGAGAGGGAUUAUUUCGUGAUUUAUCGCGAGAUAAUCCGUGCAGUCAACGAGGAAUGACCGAUCAUCAGGAUACAGGAAUGCAAAAACGAAAACAAGAAUCACCAAGUAAGGAAGAAAGAAGGAAAUACUCUAGCGAGUGCCCUGCAAUGAGAUCGAGAGAGUUAUUCUCAAGGAGGAAAUUAGAUGAUUCAUCCUGGAGAACAAAUAGAUCCAAUAAAUAUGACAGAUGGAGAGAACGACCGCCAGAAAUGGAGAGUGAUGAAGUGUCGGUGGAAUCUAGUAGGUCAGAAUCUCAUCACUUUUUUUUAGGAAAGAAGCCAGAGAAAUUGAGCGCUGGAGACGAUCUGACUGGUUCGUCGAAAGGGAAGAAUAGCGUGAACUGUGACAGUGAACGAGGAAUCGAUAGUUUAAUGGUAGGUUCGAUAAACAACCUCUCGGUUAUGAGCGAGGGCUCAAGGACUGACGUGAUAUUAAAUAGUGCAAAAUCCGUUGAAAGUAGUUUAUUUAAUGGAGAUGAAUUGGAAUUAUUUUCGAGAAAUGAAGUCCCUGAAAGGGUAGAUGAAGACCAGGAUGGAGGGCAUGAACCAAAGGACACACCAUUGAACAAUUUCGAGGAAAUUGUUGAAGAUAAAAUAAUGGAUAUUGAAAAGAAGAGGAGUAGUUUGGUACCUGAAUUGAGUGAUGAGGAGAGUAAGGAUCCGAAGGAUGGUAAUGAAUUUUUUAAACCACCUUCUAGUGUUGAUAUCGAGCAAGAUUCUCAAGCUAUUUUGACAGACAGUGGCCUUGAAUCGUCCACGACGUAUACUGAAGGUGUUAAAGAGCCUAAACGACUGUCAAUAUGGCAACGGGACAUAAUUAUUUCACAUUCUGAGGUGAAUUCAAUGGUCAAAAAAUGCGAAAAAAAUCCAAAAAUCCUCUCUCAAACUAACAAUGUGGAAUCCGAAGCGAAUAAGGGAGCCAAUCUAGGGGAGGAGCAUAUAACAGAUAUAAGAGAAGAGUCUAAAGAUGGGGGAAAGCCUGAACUAAACGUAACAAUUCAGAAUGAUGAAGAAAUUGCUGAAAAAAUUUGCGAAACUCUAGAGUGCAAUCAUUCUCGUCCGGAAAAUCGUGAAGAAAUUGAAGGACCGAAAAUUGUGGAAAUCAGGAAUUUGGAGGUGAUCUUCCCAAAAAAUUGUCAGAAUAACUUGGAAAGUAGUGUUCUCAAAGGUUUGGACUUGGCUUUUCCAAGUCGACGAAUUACAAAGCUUAAGAAACCGAAAAUCAGCAUCGAGAUUGUGAAAGAAGAUUUGAUAAUUAAUGAAGAGAGUGCGUCGAAGCCCGUAAAACAGUUUGAGGGGCAUUCAUCAGGUAUUUCUUCAAGUAGAAAAUCAGAAGUCCCUUCUAGGAGAGCAUCGAGUGAUGAGGUGAACACUUUCAGAGAAAAAAUUCCGCCAUUCAAAUCGAAAUUCGAAUUUUUACCAUUGAAUACGUUAUUCUGCGACUUGAGGAGUACUGGGAAUGAUGAUAAAAUUCCAGAGGAGUUGGAAGCAGUUGAAAUCAGAGAUGAAAACCAAAAACCACAAGAUAAAAUGCCAAAGAGAAUCAUUGAGGAUUCACAGACGACUGAGCAUCGUUUUGAAAAACCAGAAGUGCCUCCAAUAAAUCCAGUAAAACCUUCCACAGCUCCAGCGCGUAAAAUUAGACAACUGGAUACACCUGAAAUCUCCACAGAGUCAGAAGUCUCGAACUUCACUCUCGAGACACUCAGUUCUACACAGUUUGGAAGCGAAUACGCAGCUUCUAAAGCAGACGAGGGUAGCAGCGCUGGAGUAAAUUUCCUGUCGACUUCGAGUCAAGAGGCUAUUGAUGCCACUGACCUCAAGAAGGUGCGGAAGAACCUCGCGUUGUGUGCCUUGACCGAUAAAUCAGAGACAAUUGAAAGUUCAAUGAUAACUCCUCACAAUAAAACCGAUGGGCGAGAUAAAAUUUUAACAUUUUCUGGACGCAUUUCUUCGGAGAGUGAAGACGAUUCAAAUGCCCAGGAUGGAUCACCGAUCGGAAGAACCGAUGAAGAAUCGAGAAAUGAUGAGAAAAAGGACACUGCACUGAAUUUUUCGGGGAAGAUUCAGAGUCCAGAGGCACCUUCAGAGCCUCAUAUUUCCUCUCCUGUUCGGGUCAUAGUACCUGAAGACACGGAGGAGGCCAGUAAAGCUUUAAACUUCUCCGGUAAAAUACCAAGUCCUAAGAAUUCCGAGGAUUUCUCUCCACAGGCUGAUCCUAAAUUAGAGCCAAGUUCUAAUAACAAUGAUGAAGUCGAGAAUCUAACAUUCGCAGGGAGAAUUCAAAGUGAGAGCCCCCCAAAGAGUCCAACGACUUUCGACAAAAUUCCAAAGUUUAUAAUAAAAAAGACUGACUGUUCCUCGAGAUCUUCCUCGAUCUCCCAGAUAUUUCCCUCUGACAUAUCGGUCCAGAAAAGUUUCGACAGUCGUGCUUCAUCCUCCCACAGGCUAUCGUCACACCCUAAAAUACCAAAGAUGAUUAUAAGAAACGUGAGAUCUCGUCCUGGUACUCCAACGAUAGAGGAGAAUGCUGUGGAACUGUCAUUCCCGAAAACCAAUGAGUCUGAGAAUCAGAAGAUCUUUGAAGUGCAAAUCAAACUCGAUGACAAAUGCUCGAGGCGUGACCGAGACGGCCCAAUCCGCAAAUCCCUGGGCAUAAUCGAGUGCAAAGUCCCAAGGAUGAAGAUCAAACUCGAGGACAAACACUCGAAAAUGACUUUUGAGCAUGCCUCCAUGGAACUAUCAGGAAACGAUUCAGAAUCCUUCGCCAACGUUCCAAAAUUAAAAAUCAGAAAGAUAAGGAAAUCAUCUCCUGCGCAAGAUACGCAAAUUACUGAAUCAUCAGAAGGUAAAAUUGAAAGUCGGUCCACCCAACCCAUAAUAUUCGCAGAAUCGAGUGUGUCAACAAAAACAUCAGCCCGUCCCUAUGAAAUUUUCGAAAAAUCUCUCAACAAAAUUCCCAAGCUGAAAAUUAAAAAACAGGACUCAAGGAAGUCCUCACCCUCGCCAGAAUCCUCCAGGAGAAAACGUCCACGAAGUCCUACGGAGUCAUCGACAAAACGUUCGAAGAAGUCCACUAGCCGUCAUCACUCUACAGAGCCGCGAGAUUCCAGGCCAUCCUCCAUCGACCUUGAAACAACAACAACCUCCACUACAGGUCUCUCCGAGAAAAUUCCCAAGGUGAUAAUCAAACGAGCUUCAUCGACAUCGGAGUUCAAGUGUGAACUGAGUAAAGACGGAGCUGAGGGUAUAAUCAGGAACUCCAGAUGGCAACCAGAGGUAAAAUUGGAACGCUUCAAAGUCUUGGAUUCAAUAGCCAAAGAGCAGCGAAGUACCCACCUACCUGUGCAACUUCUGGAGGAAGUGACUAAGUCGUUUGAAGUGGACGAGUGCUCGAGUAAAUUAAGAAAAUUCAAGAGAACGUCUUCUGUGCCCUCUAGACGAGGCGACGAGUCGGACAGGUCUUCUAGCAGGGGCAGAAGACGAUACUCUGACCCGGAGAAGCAGCAGUGUUGUCACGACAAUGACUCUGACAGUGAGGAUCUUCCAAGGAUGGUUAGAAGGAACUUCACACGACGCCUAGCAAGUUUCUCAAGUCGAGAUGAAAGUUUGGACACUAGAUCGGAAUUUUCACUGAAAGAUGUACCUCAAAAAAGAGAAACAUUACAAGCAUUUGUGGAUCCUGAAGAGGUGACUAGGAGUGAAUUCGAGUACCCAAAAAUCAAUUCUAGUCACAAAACUUUGAAAAUCAUCCCUCCCAAGCCAGUCACACCAGUAGAAACGGUAGAAAGUGUCAUCGAUGCUGGCGCAGAUACAAAGAGCUCGGAGGAUCAAUCAGUUAUUAAACUCGAAUCCUCUGAUGAGAGUCAAACGACUAUCGAGAUGCUUCCAGCGUCCUCGGACAUUUCCCAACCAGAGUCUGAGGUUCCAAUGCCUCUUGAAGGUGAGAGGAGAAUAGCGAACGGUGACAUGGCGAGAUUGUAUUCAGCAGAUGCUAUUCCAACGCAAUUUGAACUUGAACUAGAGAUCGUUGAUAAUUUUUCAGAGUCUAUGGACAUUACCAUUCCUGGAGUCCCGUCAUCACCCUCCAAGGGCCACGAAGAAUACUGGAAUUAUCAACAACAGGAGUGCUCACCAUCUGACGUGCCUGGACCAAGUUUUCUUGACAAUAAUCAUAAAGAAGAAUUAGAACAUGUUCGCAGCGAAGCGAAGAGCAUUUGCUCCUCCGAUUCACUGGUCAAGGACGUUUUGGCUGCCAAGGAAACCUUGAAAAGGUACUUAGCAUCGUCCAAACAGGUGGUGAUUCCAGCUCCGAGGAUGAAGACUGCUGCUGAGAAAAAGCAAUUCUCGGCUUCAGAAUUUCUUGAGAUCUCGGGGAAGGAGGAGCGAGUUAAAAGUGGUGACAAGAUAAGGGUCUUCCAGAAGGGUAUGGGAACGUCUAGAGAUUCUGCUAGGCCAGAGGUGUCCAAGACUAAAGACAGAGAGAGAUCGAAAAGCGAUAGGAGUUCUGGUUCUUCGGAGAAUAAGAAACAUACGAGGAAGAAGGAGGAUUCUAAGGCUUCUCAUGUGGAAGGAAGACAUAAGUCUAGUCGCGACUGUACAAAAGAGUUGAAGAGGCAUAGGAGUCACAGUGGAUCAAGUGAGUCGAGCUCCAAGAGGAUGAGGCCACCUUCGACGUCGGGGUCGUCAAGGAAGGAAUCAACUAGUAAGUCUGAGCGAGAAAGCAAGAGCCUUAAGAGAGAGAACUCCUCAAGAUCUCAUGAGAAGGAGGUGAAGAAGGAUCCUAAGAGAACUAGCGAGGCGAUGCCGGUGUUGGUUCCUGAGGGAGGCAUUGUAAUUGAACCGAGCCUGAGAGAGACAUCUAGGUCUCCUCCUGUUAUCACGAAGCAAGAGAGCAGUGAACUGAACCCAGAAAGUCCCAAGAAAGUUGAGGAAAGUGCCGGAGAGAAGAUUAGGGAGAUUAUCGAGCAGGAGAGCGAAGGAUUGACGUUUGCGGAUAUUGUUACCAAGAUGGCUUAUCAUGAGAAGGCAACAAUAAAACACAAAAGAUAUUGCAUCCUUUGUGAACGAUGGUUUCCAACGACAGCAAGACAUCGCAGGCAUUUAAGUGGAUAUCAGCAUCGUCAUACUGAGCUCACUCAACGCAGAACCGUCCAUGCACUAUUUAUGCUAUUCACUGGAAAGCCAUGCCCAAGAUUACUGCCCGCUAGUAUCGUUAGAACUGAUUGUACACCUGGAGAGGCAACGCCACUUCAAAUUGCCGUUCAGGACGUAGCAAUAAGUCUGGAAAAAAGCGCUGUGGACAAGACGAAAAAAUUAAAUGAGGAAGAUAAAUGAGUAAAAUGUAAGUAGAGAAUAAAAAUACAACUGGGGUCGGUGAUUUUAGUUGACUAGCCAAAGAUAUUAGGAAAUGAAAUCAAUUUAAAACGGGAAUACAGGUUUCUCCAAUGUAAGAAAAUUAUGAAAAGUCAAACCAAGUAAAAAAACAAAAAAAAAAAAGAAUAUAUAUUAAUUGUACAAAAUGAAAUGUUACGUGGGCGUUCGUGGAAAUGUGCUCGGGAGUCUUAUUAAACACAUUAUAUUCUACAAUCGAUAUAUAUAUAUAUAGAUAUAUAUAAUAUAGAUAUUACAAUUUAUAUUUAUUACUGUGAUUCCCGGAGGGACUCACUAGAUAUAUUAUACGCAUACACGCAUGUAUGCACGGGUUAUACACGUGUUUUUAAUAUAUAUUAUGAAAUAUUAGUUGACCAAUGAUCCGUGGGACAAUUCAUGAGUGAUGAAGGGACACGUUUCUAAAAUUAUUUAGUAAUUGCUACAUUAUCAUUUGAAAUAAAGGUAAAAAAUCAACUCAACACGAGGUUUCUAAUGCAGUUUAGUCUUUCAACAGGAAUUUCUAAGCAUAUUUCUUUUGUUUUUAAUGAGCACGAGUGCCUUAAUCAUUUGAAGCAGUAUUUUCUCAUGAUUGUAAAGACAUGAACCAAAAAUUGUUCACAAGAUUAUUUCUCAAAGAAUAAUCGGUAAUUUAAUGAAUUGACAUUGAGUACUAAAUGCAUUCCCAUUAUUGUGAAAGACUUUUUCAAAUUGUAAAUGUGAAUCUCCACACUAAAUUGAGGAUUCAAUUGAACAUAAAAUUAUUGUGAGAAAAUUAAGACUUGUUAUUACCAAGUACAAAGUUCAUCACCAGAUUUUUUUUAAAGUAAAGUUUUAAUUUUCUGGAAAAAUUGAUUUUCAUGAUACAUCACGUGGAAAGCUGAUAUUUUUGCAUACACACUCGCUUUGUGAUUAGCAUAUCCCUCUUGAGAAUGGAUAAUAAAGCCUAAAAACGUAAACCAAUGUGACCUUAUAGAAAAAAAAUAAUACUGUCAUAAUAAUAAACAUAUAAAAACUCUAUAUUUCAAGAUUGAAUCUAUUUUUGAUGGCUAUCGGUUUGCCAAAUGCUAGCGUCGAAUUUAGACGCUUAAUCAAAGAUUUACUUUUUGAUCGGAACGAGUGUAAUUCAGUGUCGAAGAAGUGAGAACAGGAAAUGAAUAAUAAAUGAAUCAAUUUGUAGGAAAAUUGAUGAAUUAACUGAAACAAAAAAAGAUCUUUACAUUCACGCGUAUUUCCUGUUCUUGCCCAUUUCGUGACGAGACAAAGGGAAAACCUACAAAUCGGUAAUUGUGCAUUUACAUAUUAAACGAGGACAGAGUGAGAAAAAUGUAUGAAAAAUCUAUAUCCAUAUAUUUAAAAAAACAACACUGGUUUUAUUAGGGAGUAGAGGGAUUUCGGGGAUUCAAUGAUUAAAUGUUUUAACUAACGGUUGUUGUGCGUUCGAUGUGCCUAAAUUAGCAAAAAAGUAAAAGAAAAAUUUAUAAAUAGUAAUAUAUAUUGAGAAGAUAAUUAAUAUAUUAUUAAAUAUAUAUUUGUACACAUGUACAAAGAAACUUUAUGUACGGUUUGAAUGAUGACCGUAUGAGAACUGUUAUCGUGAUUCGUACGUGCCGUAUGCCUUAAAUAUAACAGGAUUUUAUUGAUCAAACGAUUAAAUAAAUCAACAUAUGGGGAGAAUAAUUCAGCAGAGAGAUGGCAAAACGUAAUAGCAGAAGCAAUUUUUUUAUUGUCUCGCCAAUUAUUCGAUUGGCGAAACGAGGACCUCCGACUUCGUAUAGUGAUUUUCAAUAAUAAUUUGAAACCAUCGAAUUCCAGGUGUUUCUGACGUAUUAUAUGUCACAUGAGUUAACGAUUGACACUCACUGUUACUUAUUGAAACGAAAAUGGAAAAACUUCAUCAUCGUAAUGUGCGAUCAAAAAAAAUUUCAAAGAAGGUUGUUUUAAUUUUCCAAACCUAGAAAAAGCAAAUUUAGAAUAUCGCCUCCGUUUCAGUUUAUAAUUUCACACGUGGAAUCAACUUCUUUGUUUCAUUUUCGUCGACUAGAAUAUACCAUUCAGUUCUUGAGAGCCAGUUUUUUUAUAUUUUCUGAACUUUUAAAUAGAACUUAUAUGUCACAUCGCUUUGCCGGAUCUCGAUUGAAUUAAACCCUACCUUUUUUCGAAGUUACCUUGUUGGUGGAACCCUUGUGAUAGACUAUUGCUAAUGAUUUCCCGAGGUCCCAACCCUAGCGAAUGAACACUCUGAAUCCCAGCUCUGCUUUGAACUCAUUUUUAAUCCAAAGAACGAUUUUAUAGUGAUAAAUAAAUUAGGCUAUCUAUAAAAUGAGAUGAGUCAAUUUUACAUUAAUUAGAAUUUUUAAUUAGUAAAACUUAUGGGAAAGAUCUUCCUGGAGGUUUUAGGUCUACAAGACCAACAGCGGAACACCCUGCAAACUUAUAAAUUUUGGCAUUUUUUCUCAAUUUUUAUAACUCAGAAACAAGUGUAUUUUUUCGGCUCAGUUGAAACACAUCACCUUUGGGCGGCUCCAGUCGGUCCUAUUAACCAGAAUUCAUUCUUUAGAUUGUCAAAUAUUUGUUAUAUUGCCAGACUAAAUUAAUUUAGGAGAAUUUUAUGUGAAUUCAAGAUCAUUUGGCUGUUAACUUUAAAAUAAACAUAAUCGUAAUAUAUGUGCGUUAUGUCUUCUCGAGAUAUUUCAUUUGUUUUUAACUGAAAUUCAUCAAAUUGCCUUUUGUUUGUACAAUUCGAAUGAAUAUAGUACUAGAAAAACAAUGUUGAGAUCGUAAGACUGUACUGAGUUGACAGCAUUUAUAUUUCCUUAUUAGAAUGAAAUAUUAUUUAGUUACAAUAACGUAAUUACUGAUUUCGUUAAUUCUCAACAAAAUUCGCUACGACGAACUGAGUCCAACGAUAAGAAUAUUUGUUUCUGUCAGUGGUAAUUGAAAAAAAGUGUAGAUAUACUCGAGUUGCAAAAUUUUUUCACAAUUUUAUUUCUAUUCUAAAACAAAAUUAGUGUUCAUUCACUGGUGUUUCCCUCUCAGUCCCACAUGUAAUUAUGUUCUUUAAAUAUCCUACGAUUGACUCGCUAGAGUUUCAACAAAACUAAAAACAUCCCUGAAACGUAGGAAAUACUAAAGAAAUCAUGAACAUAAUUACAUAUUUAUUUGUACAUUUGUACCUAAUUAAAAUAGUCCCUUUGCAUGACUCAGUAUUCAAACGAAAAAAGGUAAUAGGUGUGUUGAUUAUCGCUGUUUCCUGUUAAAUAAUUUGUAUUUAUAUGUUGAACUUAUAGACAUGAAAAAAACAGAAAACUGAAUAAUGUUUAUUUGAUUAGAACACUGCUCAGAGUUUUUCUAUCUGGAUCUAGACGUUACGUCAAAUGUAGCAGUGUAAUUAAAAUUACUUAUCCUAAAAUAUCAUAUGUUUGUGUGAAUUGUUGCAAACACGUUUGUGAGUGAAAAAAAAAUAUCAAUCUCAAGAAACAAUUACCAACCAGUUUAAAAUUCAAUUCUUAUUCGAUCUCCUCUUCAUGUUACUACUGUAUAUCUCUAAUUUAACAAAACAUACGAUGUUAUCAAUUCAACGAUUGUUUUCUUCAUUAAAAAGAAAUAGGAAUGAGUGGUAUAAUAAUUGUUAGAUGGCGCUGAGUGAAAUGUUUAUUAGGGAAUGAAUUUUAUCGAAGCAAUGAAUAAAAUGAUUUAACGUACUUACAAAUUGCAUAACAUGUUUUUCUGGGUCAUCAAUGAAAUUUUAAACGCUGUUGGACAGAAUCUAAUAUUUUUCUACGAUGUAAAUCUGUGGAGAAAUAUUAUACCACUAUGUGGCUGUCCAAAAAAAAUGAAGAAACCAGAAAAACCAAAUUUAUUAUGCAUGCGCAAGAUGAUCGUUAAGUUUUACUUUUCUCAUUACAUCCAUCACGAAUAUUGAAGAAAUGAGGAAGAUCAUUACUUGGUCCAUAUAAAAAGCAAGAAUGUAACUAACAGCUAAGGAGUUUCACAUAUAUUAAUAAUUCAUAACUGUAAAAUUUGACCACUUUUGUUAAGGACUCCGGAAUGAAUUUAUAUUCUUGAAUUAUUACAAGUAUGAAUUAUUCAUUAUUCUGGUGCAUAAGAUCUAUCGUUAUUUGUUACUUUGUAAUGUAUAAUUUUUUGAUGAACCGUUGUCAAUAAUUAAUUAGGGACUUUGGUUUGAAUUAUUAGUUUUAUUUCAACUGUUUUUUGUUCAUGUUAUGGGGGCGUUGUACGUGCAUUUUUGAAAUAUUAAUUAAUUAUAUGAAAUUUUACAAUAACGGCAUAAUUGCAAUAUCAGGUGAUGACCUGUUAGAGACAGUCCGAGGAGUAUAAGUAAUGAAAAAGUAAAUAUACAUAUUGUAUACAUUUUAGUCAAAUUAUCAGGGUAUAGGAAAUCCGCUGGACGAUAUCAAGGAAAUGAAAGACGUCAAGUACUGUAAUCAUUUUCAUCACAUUCCUCAUUCGCGGUUGAGUGCUGUAAAAAUCGCAAAAAUCAUUCUAAUACUUUCCACUAAUAUUUUGAGGAGGAAGAAAAAUGACCAAAGUUUUUUUAACAAUCUCGAUUUUACAACGUCUUCUUCAUUGAUGUUUUGAAGCGACGAUAUUAUAUUCUAUUCUGCAUCGACGUUUUACUAUUUUUAUUAUAAUUGUAAACAUUGAAAUUGUACAGAAAUGAUGAGAAACUGUUCUCGUAACUAUAAAUGAUUUUUAUUUCGUAGCUCCUUUAAUGGAAAAACAAUAAAAUGUGGUUUUGUGUGUUGAAAAAAAAAUGGAGUGACGAUAAUUGAAUUGGUCUUAUAUGUGUGAUGCAUAAGACUUGUUUUUUGUUGACGUCAGCCUAUUGCACUAUUAUGAAUAAAAGAGCUCUAUGCAAAGAAUGACGACUUAUCAUUUUUUUUUCCCCAUAGCUAUUCAUCAUAUGAGGAAACCGGUUGCAUACUUUUCAGAAUUUAAUUUCCAUUUUGCCGAGUGACUUGAUUAAUGGCAGAGUGAUUAAUUAACAAGCUGUAAUGCUCGUCAUCUAUAAUUAUUUAUUAAAACUCUGAGGAAGCUGUAAUUCAAAGUAACCUCUUAUAAACAACGAUAUUAUGUACCCUCCAUGGGUAAUCGAUGUUUAACUUGAGGCACUUCGCUCGACUUUCUAUGUCACGUUUAAAUUUUGAUAAGACUUGCUGACCGUCUGUCUGUACUUCAACAAGACUCCUUUCGAACACUUCAUAUUAUACCAUAAUGAAUCAAGGAAUUCUUAUUGCGAUCAUCAAUCUGAUGUUCUUCGGAGCCAGUUUGGGUGCAUUAUGCACCCUCCAGAUUAAUGAAGCAGCAUCGUUGGACCCCAGAAUAGUGGUUGAUAAAAAUGUUUCCCAGAUAUCUUUAACAUCUAAGUGGAGCGCUGAUCUCGUCAAUAUACAGUAUCAAGUGCGCUUUGACCAUCAGGAUAAAUCUAUUUAUCGAUACAACGGCACUAUGUGUGAAAAAGAUGAAAGUGAUGGCUACAAAACUGCCAUGGCAGAAGCUGUUGAAGAAAUAACGGGUAUUUCACGUUGUACGGCAUUCAAAAAAGGGGAAAAUGUAUUUGGUGCUCCGGUGACUGAUGUUUCGUGUAAUAAUGCUCCAGAGAUAAUAGAAAUAGCGCAGCAGCCUAAUAAAGUAGCCAUUACUGUCAUCAGUGGAUAUUCAAUACGGCUGUCAGAGUUUACUGGGAGCAUGAAAGUAUUAGCAUAGUAAAGAUGCAGAUUACUGUUCAUCUGUUCAUCUGUUGAUUGAAUUUUAUUUCAAACCUGUGCUGUUCUAGGGGCUCAAGAUGAAUUAUUCAAUGAAAAAAAACAGCAAACUUCCGAUUUUUAUCUCAUAAUUUUUUUGACCAUAAGAAACCUUUAUCCUUUUUGAAAAUUAAAAUAUUCGGAAUAUUGAAUGUAUGAAGAAUAUAUAUGUAUUAUUUGAGAACGUCGAGAUGAAAUAUCGAAGCCUGAAAAAUAAACUAAUACACGGGAAUUUUGAAAGUUAUUCGACCCUGCCUAAGAUAAUCCAGCUCUAGCAAAACCAAAAUUGACGCAAAAAAAUGUAUGCAAUCGAAAAGGGGCGAUCGGAAUCCCGACAAACCUUACAUAUUUUAAGCAUCCACCCUAUAAUACUGAUCCCACACCAUCAAACUAUCUCGUGUUUCGGUCCCUCCAGAAUUCUGAUAAUAAAAAAAUUUGUCUCAUGGUUCGCAUCAUUAUCCGCAAUUUUUAAUUUUUUUAUAUUAAAAUUUGGUGUUUGUUUAAAUUUAUCUUAUCUCAGUCUUCCACAUAAGAAAAACGUCAAAAAUUGCAAAGCGAGAUGAGAUAAACAGAGUUGGAGUCAUCAAAAGAAGCCUCGAUAUUGCAAAUUACCAGACUGGAACCAAACUAAAUUUUUCCACGUUGAAGAAUAUCGAGAUAAUUCCUCCAAAAGAUCAACCUAUGAUGUCUCGCAAAAUCUUUUGCCGCAUCCUUCUGAUAUCAGUGAUGAUUAACAGAUAAUUUGUUUUACCGCAUCGCCAAGUGUAGCAUUUUUUAUGUCCACCUAGUCUUCGAGAACUUUGAAAAUGCAUUUUAUUUUUCAUUCAUUUUCUAGAAAGUCGAAGUGAAAACAGAUACGGCUAAACUGUAUAAUUAUAUGUGCUGUUACAACUGAUAAAAAUUGUUAUAUAAAGCCUAGACACCCAGCCAAAGCGAUGAAACCACGUUUCGCCAUUCGUCGUUAUUUCUGCGGCCUCGACCUUUUCUUCGUCACCAUGCGUCAAGAAUUUUACAUUGCGCUUGUCAACCUGAUGUUUCUUGGAAUAGUUUUGGCAGAUGAUUGUAAGAUCUCCAUCUACGAUGUAGUCAGUCUGAGUAAUAGAGCAAUAGUCGAUGACAGCGAUCCAGAAUCUACGUCCGUUACGAAUCAUUGGCAGGAAACGUAUGGCAUGAAAUUUCAAGCUCGUUAUGCUCGCGGCUGGAACUCAAAUAUAGAGCGUAGCCAAGGAGAAUUAUGUGACAAGAAGAAGGAUGAAGCUGGGCCCAUGCAGAAAUUCAUAGGUACUCUGUUUACCGAAAUCACGGGAUUAUCCAACUGCUGGGACUGGACAUAUGACCAAACUGGGAAAGGUUCUCGUGAGGUCACCCUCCCUUGUGACGAAGUUAAAGACCAACUGGUAAAUCCAGAUGGUGAAAGCAGUAUUGUCAUUGCACUUGUUGAUCGCGAUGGGGUUGGAUACGCGGAAUACACGGGAACGUUGGUGAAGAUGUAGUUAAGGUGGAAAUUUCUAGAGACACUAAUAGAAAAGUGUCAAAAUUUCAUUACACUUUUCUAUUCUAACAUUCCAGAUAUUUUCUUUCAUACCUUUUUAGUAUGUAAAAAAUAUGUGAAAUGGUUUAAAAAAUAAUAAAUUGUACAAUCAUUCAA